UCCACCCUCCUUGGUUAGAGUUCCAUGAUAUUUAUACCACCCAUCCGCCCAUUGUCUAUGAGAAUCCGCAAACAUUCCUAGCAGUGAUUUAAUUCCCCUUUCAACCAAAACUUCACUUUUAAAAAAUGACUUAUUCCCGCAAGAACAUUCGAGACCUCAAACCAAACGAGGAGCAUGACCUUGUUAAGGCCUUUUAUAAGAUCCAACAGCUGGAUCCCAACGAUCCAGAUUCCUUCUUUACCAUUGCUGGCUACCACGGUGAACCCUUCCGCGGUGCAGGCUAUGGUAACGCCCAAUGGUGGGGAGGGUACUGCAACCACGGCAAUAUCCUGUUCCCAACCUUGGCACCGUGCAUAUCUCUUACGGCUAGAGCAGGCACUGCAGAAGCAGGUCCCUGGAGUGGCUCUCCACUACUGGAAUGAGAUCGAUGGGAAAGGUAUUCCCGAGAUAUUUCUCCAGAAGAAAUAUGUAGUGGACGGAAAGGAAAUCGACAACCCCCUUCGGUCGUACAGGUAUCAAAAGACCAUCCAAGACCGUCUCUCACCUUUCCCAGAUGCCGACUAUAGCAAGCCGAAAGGCAGGGAAACAUGUCGCUUUCCUUUCUCCGGUUUGUAUGGAAAUGCCGACUGCCAUACCUCAGAUGCGCACAACAACAUCAUGAAUCUUCUCGGCCAGGAAAAGACAGACCAACUUCUGCAGACCAACGUGAAGCAGUGGCUCGAAGGUAAAUACACGACUAGCGGUGGUGACCAGAUGACGGGCUUUAUCAAAGCAAAGUACUUGAAAUCCCUCAAAGCGCCAAACUACACUGUGUUCUCGAACACGACCUCUGCUGCCCGGUGGAAUGACGAUAACCCUCCUGACGUUAAGGAGACCCUCCCCGGAGUCGUCCCACUGGAGUCACCACACAACGGAAUCCACCUUGCCAUUGGUGGUAUCCAGAUCCCUGUGCAGGAUGCGAGCUCGGUUCCUGGUGCAAAUGGCGACAUGGCGGAGAAUGACACUGCAGCUUUCGAUCCUAUUUUCUUUUUCCAUCAUGCGUUUGUUGAUUUGAUAUUCUGGCGUUGGCAAAUAGAGCACAACCAGACAAAAGCACUCAUAGAUGACAAACUCCUUGAUUACCCUGGCACCAACUCAGUCGACGCCCAGGGCCCCACGCCAGGCGUGACAGGUGGCUCAUGGCUCACCCUUACAAGUCCAUUAGCUCCUUUCAAGCGUGGAAGUAGCAGUGAUUUUUUUACGUCGCAGGACGUGGCCAACAUCGAAAAGCUUGGGUAUACGUACGAUAUCCCACCUCAAAUACCUCUUCCAAAAGAUGGAUUCGCAAGCCCCAUCCCCACCCCUGCCCGUUCUCCGUAUCUCCGCAUUGGCGGCAUCAACCGGGCGGCUGUCCGUGGGUCUUUCGUCAUCUCAGCAUGGUCCUUAGGCCCUGAGGGUCGUAAACUCGUCGGUGCCGAACCCGUGCUAAGCCGGUGGCAUGUUUUGGGUUGUGCAAACUGCCAGAAUCAUCUCGAUGUUCUCACUCACAUGCCGCUCGACGGGUGGAAGAAUAGCGAUGCAGAGAACACAAAUUUUGAAGUCCGGGUGCAUACGAGGGAUCAUCCUAGCGGGCAUCUUCAGUUGGCGGGGCGAACACCUUCCUUGAAAGUGAUCCCCAAGGCUACAUUUGACAUUGUUGCUCCUGAACCGCGACUCAAUGUUUGAAUACGAGAGGUGACACCGGAUUCGAGGCACCCCCGCAUUUGCUUGCCAAGUUUUCAUCCGUGACUGGCUGAAGGAGAAAAUCAGAUGUGAAAUUUUACCAUGAUUCCUGUCCAAGAAGCUGCUCCUGUGCUGUUCUCUAUUUACUUUACCCAUGGC